UCAAAACACAUGUGCGCCGCACCGAUCGCGCGGGCGCAUGUUUUCACGAGUCCGUGCUUAUUUACAUCGAGGUUGAAGAAAGAAAGGAAAAAAGGUGGUCCACAACAAUCCGAUUCCCGAUAAUCAUUUGCCAGAAUGUCCGACGACGAAUGUCCGCCGCUGUGCGAGAUGGAAACGGGCGGCGACUCCAACGGGGAGGAGGAGGAAGCGGACGAGUGGGAGGUGGCCGAGGAGCAGAACGACCCGGUGCGGUGUCUGUUUUGCGAGCAGAUCUCGCCCACCAUGACGGUGGCGAUCAGGCAUGCGAAGGAGCAGCACGAGUUUGAUCUGGGGGAGGUGCGGAGGCGGUUCCACCUGGACGAGUAUUCGUACAUCAAGAUGAUCAACUACAUCCGGCGGGAGAAGCCGGAGCCGGCGGUGUUUCGGAGUGGAACGAGCGCGUUCUGGACGGAUGACAAGUAUCUGAAGCCGGUGGAGAACGAAACGUGGCUGAUGUUUGAUUUGGACGAGUUGGAUGAGAUUUUGCUGAACGGGAACGGGGCGGGAAGUGGUGGGGCUCGGGAGAAUGGGAACGACGUCGGGGACACGAUGACGCUGACCACGGACCAGUACCGGAAGUUGCAGGGAAUCAUCAACGAGCUGACGGCGCAACUGCGCGAGAAGGAGAACUUGCUACAGCACGCUGCCAGUGAUAUUGAAAAGAUGAAGGAGAGCUUCCGGAACCUGCUGGAGCAGCAGGAGCAGAAGAAGUCGAAAGCUCCAGAGGAAAAGAUUGCACAAAUCCGAGAGGAGUUGAAGCACUGCGUCAGCACGGUUGCGGUCGAGGACGAUCAGGGCUAUUUCAACACGUAUUCUCACUUUGGAAUCCAUCACGACAUGCUGAGCGAUUACGUACGGACGGCUAGCUAUCGGGACGCGAUCCUGGAGAACGGUGCAAUAUUCCGGGACAAAACGGUGCUGGACUUGGGAUGUGGAACGGCCAUUCUGUCCAUGUUUGCGGCCCGGGCUGGCGCCAAGGAUGUGAUUUCCGUUGAUCAAUCGGACAUAAUCUACCAAGCGAUGGACAUUGUGCGACGCAACAAGAUUGACAACAUCAAGUUCGUCAAGGGACGACUCGAGGACAGUGAACUUCCGGUGGAGAAGGUUGACAUCAUCGUUUCCGAGUGGAUGGGUUACUUCCUGCUGUUCGAGGGCAUGAUGGACAGCGUGAUUUACGCCCGCAAGCAAUAUCUCAAAGAGGGCGGCUUCAUCCUUCCGAACCGGUGCAACAUCAGCUUGGCCGGGUACGGAGACCUCGAUCGGCACAAAGAGUUCAUCGGCUUCUGGAAGGACGUGUAUGGGUUCGAUAUGUCCUGCAUGAAGAAGGAAGUCCUGCGCGAAGCCACCGUCGAAGUAUGCAAGCCAGAACACGUAAUCACAAACGCCAACAUCAUCGCAAACUUUGACCUCAUGGAGGUCGACGUGGACUGUCCCAAUUUUAGCUACGACUUUGAGCUCACCGUCAAGCGCGACUGCACCCUUACGGCCCUGGUCGGCUACUUCGACACCUUCUUCGAACUGCCAGAGCACGUGGAGUUCUCCACCUCGCCGUACACCAAACCAACGCACUGGAAGCAAACCCUGUUCUACGUCGAGGAACCCAUCCCGGUGCGCGAGGGCCAACAGAUCAAGGGCAAGUUCGUGUGCCGACGUGACCCUAAAGACGCCCGCUCCCUCUUCAUCACGAUCGAGUACCUCGGCAAGGUGCUCAAGUACACCCUAAACUAGCAGAUUGGCAUCCUGAUCCUGCUCAACUAAACAAGGUAAUCGACCAAUACAGUGAAAACAAGAAAAAAAACAGCUUUAAGCGACACAGAGAAAAAAAUCAAGAGCUUUCACAAGAUUUCACAUUUUUACGAUUGAAACGAUUGAGCGCGCGAAAGAUAAAACCGAACACGGUGGUUGUGAAACGACAAAAUAAGAGAAACACACUGGAACUGCCUUGCAGAAACAAAAACAAACGAUUCUUCCCAACUUCUCACAAGAAAGUAACUCUAUACUACCAACGUUAUGCUACCUACCAACUAGUUUGUUAGAACUUCUCGCCACCUUAACAAAAAAGCAUAUAAACCGACCAACACGAAAACAAACUCGUAGAGUACACACAAGCUUUAAUUUUGAAACCUAGCGCGACAAUCAGUUUGUAACACACAUCCCACACUCUCACGCAGCAGACCAUCAUUACACCCAAUCAAAAAUGGAAGGAAAAAGCUUUACGUUUACUUGAAAUCAAUAGUAGGAAAAACAACUUAUUGCCAGCGUAGUGUAGCGCCAGUUUUUUGAUAAUUACACAAAGCGUAGAAUUUCCAGAAACCAACGGGAAGAAAAGCAGGUUGAACGAAUUACUUAAUAUAUAUUUAAUAUAAACUACAAUAUUAAAAAAUACAAUACUAAAGAUUACAACAAAAAAAA